UGGUGCCUGGGUCAGUCUACUACUGUGAGCAAGCAGUGACCAAUAGAAAAGAAAGAAGACCCAGAAAGGCUGAGCUCAGCUGUCUUCUUCAGCCCUGGCAAAGUGAAAACAAUACAUCAAAAGGUGUUCUUGGGGACUGCUCAGAGCAGGUUUGACUUUUUCUCCUGGAAGGCUUGACAGCAUAAAGUAAAAACAAUUUUUAGACAAUUUUUUUUUCUCUGAACUGAUUUUUAGCAAAUUGCAGACAGAGACACAGCACUCAACAGUAUAAUCCUGGAAGGCAAGGUAGUAUAAUGGCAACCACAAUCUCCUUCCUCAUCUGGGUGUUAUUCAUAACAGAUACUGCAUGGACCCAAAGCAUGAGACAGGUCUAUGAUGUAUAUGAGCCAGAGGACUGGUCUAUGCAUGACUUCAGUUGUCCCAGGGAAUGCUUCUGCCCUCCCAGUUUCCCUACUGCUUUAUACUGUGAAAAUCGAGGGCUCAAAGAAAUUCCUGCUAUUCCUUCAAGAAUUUGGUAUCUCUACCUUGAAAACAACCUGAUAGAAACCAUCCCUGAGAAAUCAUUUGUGAAUGCCACCCAGCUGAGAUGGAUUAAUUUAAACAAGAACAAAAUAACCAACUAUGGAAUUGAAAAAGGAGCCCUAAGCCAGCUGAAGAAGCUGCUUUUCUUAUUUCUGGAAGACAAUGAGCUAGAAGAAGUACCUUCCCCCCUGCCAAGAAGUUUAGAGCAACUACAAUUAGCCAGAAACAAGGUAUCCAGAAUUCCUCAAGGGACCUUCAGCAAUCUGGAAAACCUGACCCUUCUUGAUCUACAGCACAAUAAACUAUUGGACAGUGCCUUUCAAAGAGACACCUUUAAGGGACUCAAGAACCUCAUGCAGCUAAAUAUGGCCAAAAAUGCCCUACGGAACAUGCCACCAAGAUUGCCAGCCAAUACAAUGCAACUCUUUCUGGAUAACAAUUCCAUUGAGGGAAUACCCGAAAAUUAUUUCAAUGUCAUUCCUAAAGUGGCCUUCCUGAGGCUAAACCACAACAAAUUAUCAGAUGCAGGCCUCCCAUCAAGAGGUUUUGAUGUGUCCUCAAUUCUAGAUCUUCAACUGUCUCACAAUCAACUCACAAAGUUUCCCCAAAUCAGUGCCCGCCUGCAGCAUCUUCACCUUGAUCAUAACAAAAUUCGAAGUGUGAAUGUCUCUUUGAUAUGUCCUACACCUCCCACACUGCAUGCAGAACAAGAUUUUUUCAUUCAUGGACCUCAACUGAGCUACCUCCGUCUGGAUGGAAAUGAAAUCAAACCACCAAUCCCAAUGGAUUUAAUGACAUGCUUCAAGCUUCUUCAGGCUGUCAUUAUUUAAGGGCAUCUUUACCAAAUCCAGAAUUAGCUUUUAAAUGAGCUAAAAUGUCCAGCUGCUCUUGGCCACCAUUUUCACGUGUGCAGCUUAUUUUUUUCCAUAUAAAGAUGCUUCUGCAUUUCUGCCAGUGGCAUACACUGCAGUUUGUAUUAAUUUGCUUCUCGAUUAAUAAAUCAGACACAGAGUUAAGAUAGUUUAUCAACUCAAAGAUAGUUAUUUUUGUUUCUUUUACAGAUUAUUAAUAUUAAGGAAUACAUUUAUAUUGUGAAACAACAAGAAGUGCAUUUUUGUGUAUGUUUAAAAUUAAUUAUACUGGUGCUAUAUUUACAGUAUAAUUUCAGGAAUUAAAGAAAAUGUACCAAGAUUGGAAGCAAAUGAAAAUUUUCUUUAUUGUGAUUAUGAUGAAACACAUGCAAAUUGCUGAAUGGAUUUUGGACAUACAAGUUUGGCAUUUAACUCAAGAAUGGGUAUUAAAUGAGUCAAAUACUUCACAAAAGGACAUUUCUAGUCCUUUAAUACUGAAUGACAAAGCAGAAUGAAUCCACAAUUAAUUUUAUGCCUGUUUCUCUUAGAUAUAGAACACCAUGCUUUCUAGCAAUUAAAGAAGUUCUAAAUUUUACAUUUUUUGUAAAGCAUUUCUCACAGAAUCACCAUGUUUUAACACUUUGAAUUGCAAAUUAUUCAAUUCUUAUUUUGCCUAUGAUCUUUGGAUUUUAUAAAUAAAAACCGUAAAGGCUUUCAAACAAAUCAAUAAAUAUAUGUUUUGAGAAAAUUACUCCCGAGUUUCAUUUAGGAACAUGUAAUAACAAAAAGUAUCACACUAACAAUUAUUUUUUAUUUUUCUAGUAUGAAUAUAUACAAACAUGCUUUCCUCUAUCAUCCUUUCCCUUAUUCUUCCUGUAAACACAGGAAAAAUAUUAUAUUUUUAUUUGACAUAUCUGCUUCU